UACUACUACGUCUAUUGUUCGCGAGUGCUUCAGUAUUUAAUCAAUCAUUAAAUUGUUUAUGAAUAAAAAAAAAAUAAAACCAAUUUAAAAAAGUGUUCCCGAGUGUAAAUAAUAAUUUAUUAUAAAUAAAUAUCAAGUAAAUUUUAAAUAUUUAUUAAAACAAUAAAAUUUAGUUAAACAAAAAGUCAAAAUGGCGUACCGCCAAGUGCCUCCAGUGAUGGAGGACACGCCACAAAAACCAAAACGUAUUUUUUUUUCUUCUGAAGAUGAUAAAAAAGAAGCAACUGCCGAUGAUGACAAUCCUCAUCAUCAUGACGACUCAAUGUCAACGGACACACCAAAUACGUCCAUUGAUGCAGGAGUUGAUAAAUCUACAGGAUCAGUUCAUCAGAAUUUGUCACCGGUACGUGAAAAUAUUAAAACAUUUUCCGGAGAAAGUCCGUCAAUGGACAUGCUGAUAAGACGUAUGACUCGUCUUGGUUUGAAAACUCCCGUCAUUCAGCUCAAGUCAAGAAGAUCAUCGCUGAUGAACCGAAGCUUCAUGGAAAAUGUUGAAGACCAGCAAGAUGUCCAGGAGUCAAGCCAAGGAACUUUCAAAAAAACACUUUUUGAUUCAUCAAUAGCUGAAGAAAAAUCACCGUCUCAGUCACUGAAAAUUGAUGAUGAUUAUCUUAAUGCCGCACUGGAACGCACUCACGCGCAUCGCAAACGUUUGUCUGAGCGGCCAUUUAUUUCAGAAUCUUUUUUAUCGACUGAUUUAAUUUCCUGGGAUAACUCAGCGUCACCAGAAAAUAUAAAUGAUAAUAAACCGCGUGAUGAUAACGUUAUUGUCAGCGGCAGCACAUCUGAUGUCCAGGAGAAUUUACUAAAAGAUUCUGGUAUUGAUGCUGCAAUAAAAGUCGAUGACGCUGACGGUGAUGGCCGAGGUCUUGAAAAAGUUGAGAGUCCACUCAAACAGUCCGCGACGUCAACGCCACUUCAGUGUCUUCAAUUAGCGGGCACUCAAAAUAAUAAUUCGGAUUUAGAAGAGAGUCUUGUUUAUGUAUCACAGAUCUUGUUUUACUUGGCCCAGGUUAACAAAAAAUGUUCAAUGAUAAAUAAAAUUUAUUCUAAAUGUGAAGAUUUGUCAGCAGAGGUUGAUAACGAUGAGCUUGCGGAUAAUGAUGAUGGUAAAGUUAUAUUACAAAAUGCUAUUGAUGAAGCUGUUGGUGAUUUAUUGGAGCCACGUCAACAAGAAGUGGUUCGUAAAAGUUUUUUUAAAAGUUUUAAUGAGGAAUGCGUUAAAUUAAUUGAUGAUCCUGGAGAGUUUGAUAAAAAUAAAUCUUUCAAAGCUGAUAAAAAUGAGUAUCAAGAUUUUCAAGCAAUUAGAAAAAUAAAAUCUGAGCCUGAUUGCUCUAGUUUGGGCUCUGCUUUGGAAAAAAUAAAAGCUGCUACUAUUGUUGAAACUAGAGAUGAAGAAGAGUCAAGAGAUCCAGAUGCUGGUCAAGACAAAUUAGCUACUGCUGACCAUUUCAGUAAAAUUACAGGUCACAGCUUCAUCCCAGAGGAUCAAGCUUCUUUAUCUUCAAUAAUUAGUGAUCAAAGUCCAAAGUCUUUUAUAAAAACACCAGCUGAUACUAAGGAUCAUCAAUCAAUGUCAUCAAUGCAGUCCAGUUAUUCAAGUGAAUCGAUAGCUGGUGAAUUAAAUCCAGGAGCUUCAGAAACUUCAAGUCUUUCAAUGAAUUACGAUAGUCCACGAGCUCUCAAGAGAUCUAGUUCAAUUGAUACCAAAGACCAUCAAUCAUUAUCAUCAUUGCAUUCAAGUAAUUCCAGCGAAUCAAUGGCAGCAGAUUUUAUUCCUGAAAAUCAAGAACCUUCGAGUUUACUAGUCAACAUUGGAAGCCCAAAACGCGUAAGAAAGAUGAGUACAAGUGUUCCUAAAAAUUUACCAUCGUCUUCAUUCUCCCAAUCGCAACUUGAUGAUUCUAAUUCAAGUAAAUCAGUAUCUAAUUUACAGAGCGUAAGUACGUGUGCCAAUCAGGGAUCCAGUGUAGAGCAAGAUCUGUCAGAAGCUGCGUCUUUGCUGCUAGAUUCUGAUGGAAGCAAACAUUCAAAUCUUUCUACGAAUAAAUUUGAUGAACACUAUCCUAGAUUUUCUGAAGCUUCUACCUUUGAUUUUGACAGACGCUCGCCAACGAGAAGUCAUCAUUCCGCUUGUAGCUUUCGGAGAUUCUCUCCAAACAGGCGCUACAGCAAUGCUUUUAAAUUUGAUGCUGGUGCUGUGAGUAUCGAGCAAGACAGUGGACCAAAAGGCUUGAUGGUACUAGAAGAAGAAGAAAAUCCAAGUCCUCAGUUGAUGCCAGCACGCCCGUUUCCGUCUGGUGAUUUCGGUCAUUUUUACUUUAGUCCUGGGAAUCAGUUUCUUCUUGCUAGGGAUGCUGGGGAUGAUGAAGGAAAGGAUACUUCGAGUAUGAUCGUCGAAGCAAGUACGUCUGAACCAGCUAGUAUUAAUGAUCCAGCUGAAAAUGUCAGUCUACUAGACCAGUCUUUCAGUUCAAAAGAUUCUAUUGAUUUCGAUGCUUCUAAUUUUGGUCUCCAGUUCAGCAAAUCUGACAUACUUUGCGAUCCUCUGGAAAUGGAAAAAAAUUUAGCAAAAAUUGAUUUCAAAAAGUUAGGUCUUGAAAAUAUUUCAAUGACCGAGACUGAAGGUGAGUCAAAAAAUAUUAAUAAAAUAUGCAGUAUUGAAGUUACGGAAAUUGAAGAUCAAUCGUCAACUAAUUCACCUGAAUCGGAAAGUAUGGAAGCAACUGGAAUUGAAGAUGAGUCAAAAACUUCCCAUGAAUUGGAAAGUAUGGAAAUGACUGGAACUGAAGAUGAGUCAAAAAAUACUGAUGAGUUGGAAAGUAUGGAAGUAACUGGAGUUGAAGAAGAGUCAAAUAAUAGUAUUGAAUUAAAAAACAUCGAACUAAUUGACGUUAAAGGUGAAUUCAAUAAGACAAUAGAAUUAAAUGACUCUGUCGAAGUAUUGGUAAAAGAAUCAGCAGCUUUAGGAACAGAAAUUGCCGUUCAAAAUUUAGACACAUCGAAUCGUACAAUUGAUCUGGAUUCCACGGUGGAAAUAAAAGAUGAUUCAUUCGUGUCGCCGAUGGAAACUUCUUUUGGGCCUGACGGAGACGAACAAUUAAGCUCAGUCAUUGACUCUUCAGCCGUAGAUUCAGCCAACACCACAGCGUUUUACGACGCACUUGAAUCGCUUGAUAACUCGGAGCUAGAAGAAUCGAAGCCUUCGACAUCCAGCUCCACUGAUGUUAAAUCUCCCAAAACUCCGACCCCGCGGUCGAGAAGAAAAGCAGUGAGUCUGUUCAAGAAAUUAAUGCAAAAAACUCCUCAUUCAAGUUCAAAACCCAUCGCGUCAUCGACUGCCGUUGAAGAUACUGACAGUUCUAUUUCAAUAAAAUUUAAUCAGUCUGAAAAACAACCAGCGCCUGUUUACAAGAGAGCUGAAGGUGUGCCAUUUCCACCGUCUCACAAACUGACAGUGGCAGAGGUCUUCGAUGCACGAACAGGAAGACCUCGACCAGAUGUACUCAAGCAUCACUUCAUCCUUGAAGGAAGAAUUGACGAAGCGGCAGCACUGCGCAUCGUCAAUGAUGGCGCUUCUCUCCUACGAUCCGAGAAGACAAUGAUUGAUAUCGAGGCUCCAGUAACUGUAUGCGGUGACAUCCAUGGACAAUUUUACGACCUUAUGAAAUUAUUUGAGGUUGGAGGUCCACCCUCGACAACAAAAUACCUCUUUCUGGGUGACUACGUGGAUAGGGGUUACUUCAGUAUCGAGUGCGUAUUGUACCUGUGGGCAUUGAAAUUGUGCCAUCCAACCACUCUCUUCCUACUCAGAGGCAACCAUGAGUGCCGGCAUCUCACGGAAUACUUCACAUUUAAACAAGAAUGCAAAAUAAAAUACUCGGAGAAAGUAUACGAUGCGUGUAUGGACGCCUUUGACUGUUUACCACUAGCUGCCCUGAUGAACCAGCAAUUUUUGUGCGUUCACGGUGGCCUAUCACCCGAAAUCCAUCACUUAGAAGACAUCCGGAAGUUGGAUAGGUUCAAAGAGCCCCCAGCUUAUGGACCGAUGUGUGAUUUACUAUGGUCGGAUCCACUCGAAGACUUUGGUAACGAAAAAAAUGCCGAACACUUUUCUCACAAUAGCGUUCGGGGUUGUUCGUAUUUCUACAGCUAUGCAGCGUGUUGCGACUUUCUGCAAAACAACAGUCUCUUGAGUAUCAUAAGGGCGCACGAAGCACAGGACGCUGGCUAUCGUAUGUACCGUAAAUCCCAGACGACGGGCUUCCCAUCGCUCAUAACAAUAUUCAGUGCGCCCAACUACCUCGAUGUUUACAACAAUAAGGCGGCCGUGCUCAAGUACGAGAACAACGUAAUGAAUAUCAGACAAUUCAACUGCUCGCCACAUCCAUACUGGCUGCCAAACUUUAUGGAUGUGUUCACGUGGUCCCUGCCCUUCGUCGGUGAAAAAGUAACUGAGAUGCUGGUUAAUGUAUUGAAUAUUUGUUCGGAUGACGAGCUCAUGAGCGACGGAGACGACGCCCUCGAAGAAGGUGCAGCAGCGAAUUUACGCAAGGAAGUCAUCAGGAACAAAAUCAGAGCGAUUGGAAAAAUGGCACGAGUAUUUUCCGUCCUCAGAGAGGAGAGCGAGAGUGUAUUGCAGUUGAAAGGACUUACGCCCACGGGUGCUCUUCCUUUGGGAGCACUGUCAGGUGGCAAGACGUCUCUGAAAAACGCGCUCCAAGGAUUCUCACCGAACCACAAAAUUACGUCGUUCGCUGAGGCCAAGGGUCUCGAUGCCAUAAACGAGAGAAUGCCACCGCGAAAAGACGCACCACCUACGCCAGUAAAUGAAGAAAAACCCGUGAUAAAACCUGCGGCAGCAGCUACUGGAGAAAAGCGGGACCAGUGCACACCUCAGCCCCACUCGUGAGUCUCAUAAACGUCUUAUAUGAGGUGACAAUGAGUUUUUAAAAUCUCAUUGCUCUUUAAAAUCAUCAAUGUUACAUUGCUCGUCUACCCUAAAUUAGAAAUAGCCGUUGUAUUUGCAUCGAGCCAAACCAGAUAACCAAGAGGAUAAAUUUCAAAAAAUAAAAAAAAAUAUAAAAUAAAAAACAAAAAAAAAAAUAUUUAAAAAAAAAAAAAAGAAGAAAAAGAAAAAGAAGAAUAAAAGGAUACGUGACAUCUCAUCACCGACUCGUAUACUUAAAAUACAUGCGCAGACAUCCAUACAUACAUUUUUAAAUAUAUAUAUAUAUAUAUAUAUAUAUAUAUAUAUAUAUAUAUAUAUAUAUAUAUAUAUAUAUAUAUAAUGUCAAGGUGAAUAAUACAUGUUAGACGAAUAUAUGAGAAUGUAAAAUGAAGUUUUGAAAUGUACAUAUAAAAAUGCAUUAUUCUUUCACGCGUGCGUGAAGAAAUACAAGUUUAGUAAAACGUCAGAGAAAUGAACAACGCCCACCUUAUAAACACAACAUUCUUAUAAAUUAUUUCAAAACUAAGACAGGUGUUACAAUUAAAUAUUAUUUUCUACCAAAAAAAAAAAAAAAAAUUCAAUUUAAAAUUUUUGGCGCAAAAAAAUCUUUGCAUCUCAAAAUAAAAAAAAAAUUCUCAGGACUAGAAAAAAAUUCUCUCAAGAAAAUUUUUCGAGUCAAUAAAUCCUUUUUUUUUUAUGAGCAGGCAGCAAAAGUUCAAUAAUUAAAAAAAAAUUGUAAAUUUUUGAUUCUCUGGUCUCACAUUAAUUACAAUAAUAAAUUUGUCUUUGCGUAUCUGUAGCUAGUUAGUGUAUAAAUAAAAUAUGUAGAGUGUAUGUAUGUACAUUUUGGAGCCAUCAAAUAGACAUUCCCGUAUAUCGCGUUGCGUCUCAAGAGAAUACACAAUACAGGAUACAUAACAUAACACAACACAACACGACACAUACUCACACACAUGAACAGAGCAUACGCCCAGCAAUAUGCAGACGGAAGUUAAAUGCCAGUGACAGUAUGUAUGGUUUAUUAAUGAAAAUGAAGUUAAAAAAUAAUAAUUCAAUGAUUGCACACCGUAAUGGCAGCUGGUCUGCCGCGGGUGGAUGGACCUUUCGUUCCUACUUCAAGCUUACUGAGAAAUAAUUAUUAUUAUUAUUUAAUCUAUAUACAUAUAUAUAAUUAAAUAUACAUAUAUUAUACAAACACCUUUUCAUUAAACGUACACGCGAGAAAUACAAGCGACCACGAUUAUUUACUGAGUACAAGUGUCGGUCUGCAAAAUAAUGCCAACUUUAAAGUCUUAUCAUUAAACAUUUCGUUAAUUAAAUUUAUUUAUUUGUUUGUUUGUUCAUUACUGAUAACGCCGUUUGGAGCUCUGAGUUUUUGUUUAUUAAUUACAAUGGUUAAUUAUUAUUUAUAAUUAGAAAUAGUUUAAUUAAGCGCAUUAUUGCCAUUACAAACACAUAAUUUUUAUUUAUUUUUUUUUUCCUUUAAAAAUCGCGUUGAAAAAAAAUCUCGGGUAUUUUAUUUCUUGCCAUUAAUUAGCUACGGGCAUAAUUAAAAUUAUCUUCACCUUGACUAAUUAUUUAAACCUUUAAAUUAGUAAAAUAUAAAAAUAUAUAUACGAGCUCGGAAUUGUGAUAAGAUCAUUGGAGAUCAAGUAAAAUCUAGUCAACGCAAAUUUAAAAAAAAAAAAACAUAAUUCUUAAUAUUCUUUUUCUUCUUUUUAAAUAAUCUCAUAAAAGUGCAAUAUCGCUAUUUGAAUCUCAGGUUAAUUUUUUAAUGGACUGUAUUUAUUUAUCCAUGCUGAAUUUAUUUCAUUAAUUAUUGUUUAAGAUAAUAAGUAAUUAUUAAGGUCAUUCUUGGACCCCCCCCCCACUUUUUAAAAAUAUUCACUGAUUUUGAGCUGUCAAAUUCAUCAAAAUUUUAUCAAUUAAUUGGAAAAAAUAAAAUUUCACCAAGGUGUAGAAUUUUUAAAAAAUUGAUUGCAGUUGACAUCAAUUAGAUGUCAAAAGAAAAUUUUUUAAAUAAAUUUUAGCAUACGAAAUUUGAAAAUUCAAACUAUAAAUAACAUGGAAAUUUAUUUUUCAAAUUUUGUUUGACUUCUAAUUGAUGUCAACUGUAACUAAUUUUUUUUAAGCUUUAUAUUUGGGCAAAAUUUUCUUUUUUUCAAUUAAUGUUUUAAUUUUUUUAAAAUAUUGACAACAUUUUGAUACAUUUGACAGCUGAGUCAUCGAAAAUUUUCAAAAAUUGGAGGGAAUCGUCUGAAAAUGUCCUCAAUAAUUAACGGAUGUUACGUAUCGAGACUCCAGACGGCUGCAGUUAAAAAAAAAAUGAAUCUCGCGAUAAAUAUGAAUUAAUUUAAAAUAAAUGAUGUGAGGAUUUAUAGAAUAAUUAUAUAAAUAAUAAUAAUUACUAUAAUAAUAUUAAUAAUAAUAAUAAUGUUAAGCCAUGACACUUCGGUCCCUUUUUAAAUUUAAAAAUUAGCGCUCGUUAUUUUAAAAGCGCAUCGAAUGCACUCGCAUCCACGCGAGAAGAGUGAGAAAUCAGCAACAAAUAAAUAAAUAAUAAUAACAAUAGCCGUAUUUAUUUAAAAUAUAAAUUGCAUUGGGGAUCGUAAGGAAUAAAAUGGUAAAAAAAAUGAUAAAUAAAAACUAGCGUUAAAGAUUUUAAAUGUGUGUUGCUAUCGAAAUAAAACUGGACGAGUAUUCAGUAAAAUCCGAGUGUCGUUUUUAAAUAUUAAGUACACAGAAAGCGGAGUUUUUGCCGAUACCAAGUCAACAAAAAGUUUAACACAACCCUGAGGUUUUAAUUCCCUUCGUGCAUCGUCGCGCUAUUAAAUAUAAAUUUUAACAAAAUUUAUUAAAAAUAUCACUUACAUAUUAUAUUUAUUCUACACAUAAUCCCUCAUUUUUAAUCCACCGCCUCAGUUACAUAUGUUGUAUAUCGUUAACUAUAAUAUUAAUGUAAACAUUAAUUAAUUAAUCAACUCAUUAAUUAAUACAUGUGCGUACAAUGAGAGUCAUAUCGCGUCACUAAUUCCAAAAGGACUUUUUUUUUUUUUAUGGAAUUUUAGAAAACUCUGUAAAGUCAAAAGGGUGUAAAAUUUUUUUUUUAUUACCAAUCGUGUUGAAGAAUAAGUCUACAAUAUGAGUAGGAAUUUAAAAAAAAUAUAAGUCCUUUUGACUUUGGUCACUAGGUCUAAAACCAAAGGGCUACAAUUUUUUUUUCAUUACCAAGCAUUUUGUUGACUGAUUUUUAGGUAAGAGACCUAGUACCCAAUCACAUAUUUGUAUAUCUAUAUUUAGUAAAUAUAUAUACAAAUUCAUGCAUCGAUCGGAUACUAGGUCUAUUACCUAAUUUUUUCAAAAUUUUAAGCUUUAAAAUAAGUCCACAAUAUAAUUGAGAUUCAAAAAAAAAAUUUCGCGCCUUUUUUGGUUUUCAAAAUUUUCAGCUUCAGCACAAGUCUACAUUAAGAAUUAAAAAAAAUUCUAUGCUCUUUUGGUUUUAAAUUUAGCAACAAGUCAAAAGGGAGUAUAAAACAUGUCCUUUUGAAAUAAGUCAGGCGAUAUAUAUAAAUAUAUAAAGAAACGCAUGGCAAAGAUCCCUUUCCUGUUAAACAGCAAGGGUUUAAAAAAUAAUAAAAUAUCUCUUUCUCAAUUUGUCUCUUAAUCUUUCUUUAUCUUCACUUUAAUAAUUAUUAUUAUAUAAUAUUAAUAAUAAAAUAAUAAUAAUAAUAAUAUUAAUAUUAAUAAAAAUAAAAAUAAUUCUAUCUCUCUUUGCUACCAAGUUGUACUUAUUCUUAAUUUACUUGUACAAAUAAAUGAAAAAAAAAAAAUUAAUUAAAAAAUGUGUUAAAUAAAAUACAUUUUAUGAUAAAUAUUAUUAAUUAUUAAUUAUUACUAUUAAUUAAUUAACGUACAUGAAAUAAAAAAAAAAGUAAUCAUACAUAUAUGUAUGUGUAAUGUUGUAAAUACAUGUAUGUAUGUAUGUGUACGUAUAUCAUAAUAAUAAACUUACUAUUCAUUAAUAUCACUAUCGAAAAUUUAAAUUACUAUUACUGUUCAAUUAUAAUUAUAAUUAUUAUAAUAAUAAUAAUGAUAUUAAUUAAAUAAAAAAAAAAAAAAAAAAUAA